UGUUGUAGGAAGAGUAACAUUAUGGGCAUUUAGGUUAAAACAUGUGCUUAUACUGUGAGUCUAAUUAUUGACCUUUCGGUUGUUGUCUGGAAGCUAUAAAUGAAAGGUGUGUCAGCUGACCACUGCAUGUCUUAAGAUAGAGUGUGGUCACUGAGCGGAGGUCAAACUAACAUCACAAACUGUAGUUCAAAGUGUAUUCAUAUUGUAGAGGAGAGGACUUAUGAUAGAUAGGUGGAGAUCAUAUCAUUUCUAAAAUACAUCUAGAGCAUUUGUCAUCCAUUUAGUUCAAGGAAUAGUCAACUUUGGUUCUUGUGGUUGGGUGUUCACACCAAGCAAUGUGUGACAUAAAGAAGUGUUCUCUCCCUGACACGCCAGCAGAAGAUAAAAGAUCCCCCUGAUAAUAAUAGUUCUGGUGGACACAUCAGAGCUGUUUUCUUCAACAUACACAAUAUUGCAGGAAAAGUAUUCCCACAUGCAACAAGUAAACAACAGAAGGUUAUGCAUAGAAGCAGAGACCCACUCACUGUGGUCUAAGAACAGUAAGCCUGUCCACACCAACAUCCUGAACCCCCACAUCCACCUGGUCGGGGAGGAAGCUGCUUGCAUCGCCUACAUCCGUAUCACACAGUAUAUCAACACCAACAGCAUGCCCCGCACCGCCCAGUCUGAGGAGACACACAUCUGGCAUCGCCGUGACGGCAAGUGGCAGAUAGUCCACUUCCACCGCUCUGGAUCACCCUCCGCCAUCACCAACUGAACUCCAGAGCAGGAGGGUUUGAGUGAGACGUCUCUCUGAGUGACACCGGUGGGUGACCAGCCGGCUGCGUGGGGACACAGAGGGAUGCCCACCGACCAGCCUGAGGAACCACGAUCUCGCCCGCCCUCCCGCCCGCCCACGUCUCAUCUCUUUACUUGAAAUCAGUUUACGCCUCCUCUCAACUCUGUUAGAAGGAAAUCGCAGCAACGUCCAACCUUCCCCCCCAACAAGAAUUAUCCUGAGCCACACCCCUUGUCGACCAAAAAACACCACAGCACCACCCCUAAACAUCUUCCCAUGUUCUAAAGCACUCGCAGUAAUCGCCACCUACAGUUUUCUUAAACUUGACUUUUUAAUUCAGUUAGACUUACAGUACACCAUACCGCUGCACACAGCCAUACAGUUUAUUCUCUGAACUCUGACAUGAAAGCUAUGAUUGAAACAUAAAACAUUUACCGUGUAUCGUUGAAGGGGAAUUAUAAUGCCAAAAUAUCUAUAUGUUUGUUAACUUGAAACACAUUGGAUCAUGAGAUGUGGGCAAGCAUUUACAAAGCGUGAAAUGUUCUUUUUGAUUAUGAAUGUCUUAUGGUGUGUUCCAGAUUGAUAAUCCACUACCACAUGAUCAUGGCGCCUCAAGAGCACAUUUAAUGUAGACAACAGAGGAAACCAUACUUUCCCCUCACAGGUUUAAAGAUUAAAUGGCUGACUGUUGGUCAAUCACACUUGA